GCCCAGGUACAGAACUCUUAUCUUCAAUGACGUGACUACGCCCGAAUAUUUAUUACAACAAGUUAACAUUUCACUGCACAUCAUAGCACAGCUUGUAAUGAAGCCAUUAGUACUUGCUCUCGUUUUGUUGGUGGGAAUUGCACAUUCCCAGAUCCCUAAACCUUGCUUUACACCGGCACGAUGGGAGGCUAAAGCAUCUCGUUUCGACCAUAACCAUGGGAAAAUGGAACAUUAUAGAUUUGUCUAUGAUGCCGUAAUGCAGCGUAAAGUGAUCUUCGACAACAUUCUUUUACACCCAGGCAGGAAACGCUACGAAUACCUCAUACUCAAUGAUGUUAAUGUAAUGUACCGGAUCGACCGUCAGAGCAAGAAGUGUGAGAAAAUGUUUCCAGGGCCAUGGCGACCCUACGGAAUUCCACCAAUGGCCACUUUUAAAACGGAGUAUGAAAUCGGUUAUCCCGGCGAGGAUUUCACUGCACAAGAAUGGAUAUUCAAGGAAAAAGAUAGUGAUGCUGUAUUAUGGAGGGGAGUUUAUGGUCUGAAAUAUUGCUUCCCAGUCGUGGAAACAUUUUUCAAUCCCAACAACAGAUCCGAAUCCAACACAAUUAACUUCUACGAUAUAGCUUCAGGCAUUCCAGACCCUACUGUGUUUCUACCGCCCAGUGAGUGUAGAGAUGCCGUGUUGGUGCACGAAAAACCACCUGCUUAUUUCUAGAGAAAAUUUAUAAGAAGCUGAAGAUAAAUCAUUUUGUUUUUUGCAUUAGUGUCAACACAGAAGCUAGAAAAGGUCGUUUACUGUUACUGUCAAUG